UCACGUGACCGCAAUGGCCGCUGAUGUGCUCUGUGGCUCCGAGCUCGCGCUCCGCUCCGGUCGGAUGCAGCACCGGGAUCAUCACCGCUCCUGAUCUGAUGACACAGCGCGUGCGUUCGAGCCUCAGGGUGACAUUACGGGGACAUUCCGCACUUUGUUCGACACGACAGUUUAAUAACAUAAAGGGGCGGAAAAGAGAAGAAAAAUAAAGAGCUUUGUGACAGAAAACUUGGGAGAGAGAGACAAGACACGGCGGGGGGAGGAGACUGGGCGGGGCCGGAUCAGAAGGGGCGGAGCCAACAGACGCUCCUUCGAUCCUUCAUGGAGGAUUAAUUCCUGACCUGGAUUACUGGCUGUGUUUCAGUAGAAAACUGACUAAAGGAGCAUCAUGUGAUCUCCAGAGUUAAUCUACAAGUCAUCGCUCACACACACUCACACACACACUUCUUUGGAGUUUAUUUCUAGAAGGACGUGUAACACAAACCUCAAUGCAUCUUCAAGCUUUUGCAUGAUCAAACAGAUCGCAGGAUCGUAUCCAUUAUUUCAUGCUGCAAUGGAUUGUUGAUCACUAUGUCUGGAAGUGAUAAACCCCUCCCACUCCCUGGCUCUGGCCACGCCCAUGCUCUGGGCAUUUUUCCGAUGCCCCCAUAUCCUUACUUCAUCCCUCAUAUGUUGGGCGGGAUUUCUCCUCCGGCACUGCCUGCACUUCCUUUGAGUGGAUACAGUACCCCGUCUCCAGCCACGGUGGACACUCAGAGCUCCAGUUCGGAGGACAUCGUCCCAAGUCCUCCGUCUCCUCCUCCUCCUCCUCGUGUGUAUAAACCCUGCUUCGUCUGUCAGGACAAAUCAUCAGGAUAUCAUUAUGGAGUUAGCGCCUGUGAGGGCUGUAAGGGUUUUUUCCGCAGGAGCAUCCAGAAGAACAUGGUGUACACGUGCCACAGAGAGAAGAGCUGCAUCAUCAACAAGGUCACACGCAACCGCUGUCAGUACUGUCGCCUACAGAAGUGCCUGGAAGUGGGCAUGUCCAAAGAGUCGGUUCGAAACGACCGGAACAAGAAGAAGAAGGAGGAGAAGAAGCCGGAGUGCACAGAGAGCUACAUCAUGGAUUCGGAGACGGAGCGGAUGAUCGAGCGAGUGAGAAAAGCUCACCAGGAGACGUUUCCGUCGCUGUGUCAACUGGGAAAAUACACCACGAAUAACAGCGCGGAUCACAGAGUUUCUCUGGACGUCGACCUGUGGGAUAAAUUCAGCGAACUUUCCACCAAGUGCAUCAUCAAAACAGUGGAGUUUGCCAAACAGCUGCCCGGCUUCACCACGCUGACCAUCGCAGAUCAGAUCACACUGCUCAAAGCAGCCUGCCUCGACAUCCUGAUUUUGCGGAUCUGCACACGCUACACUCCCGAUCAGGACACCAUGACGUUCUCAGACGGACUGACGCUGAACCGGACGCAGAUGCACAACGCCGGGUUCGGGCCUCUCACCGACCUUGUGUUCGCCUUUGCCGAUCAGCUGCUGCCGCUGGAGAUGGACGAUGCGGAGACGGGGCUGCUCAGCGCCAUCUGCCUGCUGUGUGGAGAUCGUCAGGACCUGGAGGAGUCGGACAAGGUGGACAUCCUGCAGGAGCCGCUGCUGGAAGCGUUGAAGAUCUACGUGAGGAAGAGGAGGCCUCAUAAACCACACAUGUUCCCCAAAAUGCUGAUGAAGAUCACAGACCUCAGGAGCAUCAGCGCUAAAGGUGCAGAGCGAGUGAUAACGCUGAAGAUGGAGAUCCCCGGCUCCAUGCCUCCACUCAUCCAGGAGAUGCUGGAGAACUCCGAGGGUUUGGAGAACAGCAGUGUGAAUCCUCCCAGCAGCUGCAGCCCAAGUCUCUCACCCAGCUCCAUACACAGCAGCCCGUCGUCACACUCGCCCUGAAUCUUUCUCUCUCUCUCACACAAACACUUUCUCUCUCACACACACAAACACACACUUAUAUUAACAUGUUUGCCCUGAAGCUGCUCCAUGACUCAGGAAACACAGAGGCACGUGCAGCCGAGUCUGAGGGUGAGAGCCUGGCUUCAGGACAGUGAUGUGUAACGUGGCUGAUUGAGACGAUCCUCUCUCUCUCUCUUGCUCUCUCUCACACACACACACACACUUACACACACACACACACACACACACACACACACACACACACACACACACACAGGCUGAGACUGAGUCACACUAACAAGGUGUGCUCUUCAGUAGAACUCCUGACUUACCAAUCUGAUCUGGAGCAGCUUGCACGUUUUGAUUGCGAUCUAACACCAGACGGAGGAUUCUAAUCAGCCACGUGGGGAAGGACGUGAGAUUGUGUACAUGGUGCACGCUCGCAGGAAACCGUUUUAUUUUUCACUUCCAUAUGAACUCUACAGUGACGUUUUUUGGACUUCCCGUAAUCUGUAGAUUUAACGAACGAGGAGACGACAAACCGGAGACACGGGACGUCCGACGUCCAGAAGUCAUCAGGGACAUGUUUUUGUGUUUGUUUUGUUUUCUUAAGAAAGAUAUAUGAAUAUAUAAAUAUCUAUAUUGAAAGAAAAUGAGAUGAUUUCAAAAAUUGUGUUGAUGCAGGAAAAAAAAAUCUCACAUUUAGUCUUAUUUGUAUUAAGAGUUGAAUAGAGUUCAGUUCUGUUUGCUGUCUCACUUCACUGCAGAAAAAGAUUGUUGUGGAUGUUGUUAUACUUUCACGCUGUUCAGUCGGAACUAAUCUCAUACUCACAAUCACACUGGGUGAGAGGAGGGGCGAGGGUGGCG